AUGGAUCAACGUACUAGACUUUUGUCUAGUACAGAGAGAUUAAAUGACAGUAGUAAACGUUUACAAGAUAGUCAUAGAAUUGCUUUAGAAAUAGAAAACAUUGGAGCAGAUGUAUUGGGAGAUAUUCGUAGACAACGUGAACAAAUUAUACAUACUAGAAAUACAUUGAUGGAAGCAGAUUCUUAUAUUGAUAAAGCACAACGUACUCUAAAGGGUAUGACACGCCGGUAA